CACUCCACUCCUCUCUUCUUUUACUACUUUGCCAAAGACCACUGCUUUUCCAAGAAUUUCUCCCUCCCCACCUUUUUCCAUUAAUUUUUUACUUUUGAUAAUUUCAUCAUGUUUUGUCCAGUUCUUGUUUUUCUGACAUCACUUCUGAACUAAAAGUGAGUGCAAUUAUAGUAGAAGAGGUGGGUUUGCUGCCCUGCUGCCUGGUUCUUUCAGGUUCCCUCACUUAUGUGAUAAAAAACAAACAGAAUCAAAGUUCACAGAAGAGUGAGAGAGAGACAGAAGAGGGAAGAAGACAUUCCUGUUUUGAAAUGGAAGCAAGAAGAAAGAGCAAUGGAGGUUUCUGCAACUUUGGUUUGUUCUCUUGGUUGUUGUUCUGCUGGUGGAGUUGUUCUGCUUAUGGAAUGUUGUCUCCCAGAGGUGUCAACUUUGAAGUGGUGGCUUUGAUGGAUAUAAGGAAUGCAUUAAAAGAUCCCCAUAAUGUUCUCAACUGGGAUGCAACUGCUGUUGAUCCAUGCAGCUGGACGAUGGUCACUUGUUCUGCUGAUGGUCUGGUCACUGGCCUUACCCUCUUUUGUGCUGCAGAGGAGCUCCAAGCCAAAGCUUGUCUGGAAGUCUAUCACCAAGCAUAGGCAACUUGACAAAUCUCCAGCUUGUGCUUCUGCAGAAUAACAACAUUUCAGGACAUAUUCCAGCAGAGCUAGGGAGGCUCACAAGGCUGAAAACUCUUGACCUUUCGAACAAUUUCUUCAAUGGUGGAGUUCCAAGUAGCUUAUCCAGUCUCAAGAGCCUCCAGUACUUGAGGCUGAACAACAACAGUCUGACUGAAGCAAUUCCUCCUCCUUUGGCUAACAUGACACAGCUUACUUUCCUGGACUUGUCUUACAAUAAUUUGAGUGCUCCAAUACCCACUUUCCAUACAAAAACAUUCAACAUAGUGGGAAACCCUCUGAUAUGUGGAGCUGAGCAGGAUUGCUUUGGAACAAUACCAACUCCACAGUCACUCUUCCUCAAUAGCUCCCAAACCUCCCAGCCCUCUGGAGCUCACAAGGGACACAAGAUCGCCUUAGCACUUGGCUCAACCCUCGGCUGCAUGUUCCUGCUGGCUUCAGCCUUUGGUUUCUUACUUUGGCUGAGGCAAAGACACAACCAACAGAUCUUCUUCGAUGUCAAUGAGCGACACGAGGAGCUCAACCUCGGAAACCUCAAGAGAUUUCCUUUCAAAGAGCUUCAGGUAGCUACAAACAACUUCAGCAGCAAGUACCUCAUAGGGAAAGGUGGGUUUGGCAACGUAUACAAAGGUUACCUCUCGGAUGGGACACUUGUAGCAGUGAAGAGGCUCAAAGAUGGGAAUGCGAGUGGUGGAGAGAUUCAGUUCCAGACUGAAGUAGAGAUGAUAAGCUUGGCAGUCCACCGGAAUCUCCUUCGCCUGUAUGGUUUAUGCAUGACUAAUAGUGAAAGGCUGCUGGUGUAUCCUUAUAUGUCUAAUGGCAGUGUUGCAACAAGACUCAAGGAUGAUGUCUCUCUCUCAAAUGCUGCAGCCAAACCAGCACUGGACUGGGGCACAAGGAAGAGAAUAGCAAUAGGAGCUGCCAGAGGUUUGCUGUACUUGCAUGAGCAAUGUGACCCCAAAAUCAUCCACAGAGAUGUGAAGGCUGCAAACAUAUUGCUCGAUGAUUACUGUGAAGCCGUGGUUGGAGAUUUCGGGCUGGCUAAGCUUUUGGAUCACCAAGACUCGCACGUAACCACAGCUGUGAGAGGCACUGUGGGGCACAUUGCUCCCGAGUAUCUCUCCACAGGUCAAUCCUCUGAGAAAACAGAUGUUUUCGGUUUUGGUAUCCUUCUGCUUGAGUUGAUCUCCGGGUUAAGAGCUCUCGAAUUCGGUAAAUCUUCAAACCAGAAAGGAGCCAUGCUGGAUUGGGUAAAGAAGAUUCACCAGGAGAAGAAGCUCGAGCUGAUAGUUGACAAGGAUCUGAAGACCAACUAUGACAGGAUCGAGCUUGAAGAAAUGGUUCAAGUUGCCUUGUUGUGCACGCAAUACCUACCGAGUCACAGACCAAAGAUGUCCGAAGUGGUUCGGAUGUUGGAAGGAGAUGGACUUGCAGAGAAAUGGGAAGCUUCUCAGAGAGCGGAAGCAACUAGAUCGAGAGGCAACAACGAUUUCUCGUCUUCAGAGCGAUAUUCUGAUCUCACUGAUGACUCUUCGCUGCUUGUCCAGGCAAUGGAGCUCUCUGGCCCCAGAUGACAAGAAUGUUUGAAGAUUAGCCCGACAUAUAAUGCAUGUACAGGAUUUGGAUUCAAAAGAAAACCGCAUAUAGAUAGUGAGUGUUUGACAGCGUCCAUUCAAUUUCAAGUUGAGUGCUUAGUUAUUUUCUGGGGGAGUUCUAUUGCAAGUCCUGUAACGAAUUCCUCUUUUUGUUCUCAAAUGCAUGAUUUUCUGCUACUGAAAGCGUAUGGGAAUGAGUCACCAACACCACUUUGGUACAUGAAGCUUUUAAGCAAUGAAGAGUUAUUGUAACAAAGCAUCAAUGAAGAGUUGUCAACUAGGCCCUCGACCACAGGGUACUAUUGAAGUCCUUGAUAAUAUCUUUCUUAACCUAUGGUUAUCCCCUCGUUAUCGACAUUUCCUAAUAAGUCGCUUUCCAUAGGUUUUCUAUUA